AUGUCAGCUACAAAUCGUGCAAGAAAUGCCAUGAUAUCAUGCUUGUAUGCUUGUACUGAUGUAGUGUCAUGUCUAUGUGUUUGUGCCAGGGUUGCUGUGGUGUCAUGCCUGUGUACUUGUGCCAGGGCUGAUGUUGUGUCAUGUCUGUGUGCUUGUGCCAGAGCUACUGUGGUGUUACACCUGUGUACUUGUGCCAGAGCUGGUGUAGUGUCAUGUCUGUGUGUUUUGCCAGGGCUUAUGAGGUGUCAUGCCUGUGUACUUGCGAGGGCUGAUGUUGUGCCAUGUCUGUGUGCUUGUGCCAGGGCUGAUGUUGUGUCAUGUCUGUGUGUUUGUGCCAGAGCUACUGUGGUGUCAUGCCUGUACAUUUGGGCCAAAGCUGAUGUAGUGUCAUGUCUGUGUGCUUGUGCCUGGGCUGCUGUGGUGUCACGCCUGUGUAUUUGUGCCAAAGCUGAUGUAGUGCCAUGUCUGUGUGCUUGUGCCAGGGCUGCUGAGGUGUCACGCCUGUGUACUUGUGCCAAGGCUGAUGUAGUAUCAGGUCUGUGUGCUUAUGCCAGGGUUGCUGUGGUGUCACGCCUAUGUACUUGUGCCAAGGCUGAUGUAGUGCCAUGUAUGUAUGCAUUUGCCAGGGUUGCUGUGGUGUCAUGCCUGUGUACUUGUGGCAAAGCUGAUGUAAAGUCAUGUCUGUGUGCCUUUGCCAGGCCUGCUGAGGUGUCACGCCUGUGUACUUGUGCUAAGAUUGAUGUAGUGCCAUGUAUGUAUGCAUGUGCCAGGGUUGCUGUGGUGUCAUGCCUGUGUACUUGUAGCAAAGCAGAUGUAGUGUCAGGUCUGUGUGCUUGUGCCAGGGUCGCUGUGGUGUCAUGCCUGUGUACUUGUGCCAAAGCUAAUGUAGUGCCAUGUCUGUGUGCUUGUGCCAAGGCUGAUGUAGUGCCAUGUCUGUGUACUUGUGCCAAAGCUUAUGUAGUGCCAUGUCUGUGUACUUGUGCCAAGGCUGAUGUAGUGCCAUGCUUCACAAUGGUUACAGCUAAUCAUGUACAAUGUAUCAUAGCAUUUUCAAUCAAGGCAAAGAUACAUUUAUAG